AGGUUCGUUCGGUGAUUUUUUUAGUGAUUUUUCUUUGGAAGUGGUCAAUUUCUACUGACUGUUCGAGCUGCUUAUCGUGUUGGAGAUCACUUCGUUCAGUCAACAUUGAUAAUUCCAUUUAUUCGCGACAGACAUUCUUUUUCUUAGCUUUCUAGUUUUCUCUUCUGAAUAUUAUUCCAACAACCUUUUUCUUCGACUUGAAGUUGAAUCCAAUAUUACAGUUUCGUUGAUUAAUUAUUUCAGACGACGAACCUCAUGGCGCAUUUUCAGAAUUAUCUCGGGACUUGUUCCAGCAGCAGCUCUAGCAGUUGCACCGGCCGACGCAUGCGUCAGGUGCUGGCCUUGACAGCUUUGUUUGUCGGCAAAUGUGUGGCCGAAAGCUCAAGCGAGGCGCUCGAAAUAAAGAAGAGUGAUGAUUUGCAGGUCUGCGAUGGUAAAAACGCUGAUGGAAAAGAAGGAAGUGAAGCCGCUCCCGCUGCACUGUGCGCAGCCUCGACCAACAGUAAAGAUGAGACACAAGAAGUUGUCGCAUCAACAGCUGCGUCCUCUGACGAUUCGAAACCUUCACCCACCGCGAAUCAAGACGACAAGGACCAAGUGAAGGACCAACUUCACGCUCAGACAGAAAAUAAAACAGCAACGGUUUCCCUCUUUUCCGAUUAUAUGAUUAACGAGGAGGAGCGGGACGAUCUCGAUGUACCAGAUGAAGAAGCUACGCAGUCAUCCAUUUCCUCCGAAGAACAAAAGGUUGCCUUGCAGAAAGCUAAGGAUAGUCUGCAGAAUCUCGAAGUCAAGAAUUCACAAACCGAAUAUCACGUACAACUACUCAUACUAAUAGAUUUAUAUCAUCAUCAUGACGAUGUCGAUGACCUUUCUACUCAUAAUGUGAUGACCAAUCCAAAAAUCGCAAUGCUUUGUCUUGAUGCGUUGCUGAUGUAAACACUGGAUUCCCCUUCUGACGACAAGGAAAAAAAAGUAAGGUUAAUGUUGAAAAGAAAAUUAUCUCUACUAUCUAAAUCUUCGACGCAUACCUUUUGAUAGUAGAUCAUAACGAUCAAGUUUCAGAGGAUCAUCUCUUUUUCAGAACAUCAAAUUUUGAAUGCGAAGAACAAGCAAUUUAUUUUUAUCAAUUGAUACAUCAGGUUUGUUCGAUUUUCUGCCAACGACCGUUGCAGUACGCAGAGGUAGAAAGCUUUUGUGAUGACGUGGUGCACUCCGAAAUUCAGUCCAUUACUCCACUCAAUGAACACGUUUCCUUACCAGAGACCCUCGAAAGCUUGGGUUUGGACCUCACCGACUACGUUGACAAGCUCAGUCGGGGAAGUCUGCACCUUUACCACGUCACCAGAAAAUACACGAAUGCGAAUGGAGAUGUACUUCAGAAUUUUGACAACGUUGAUUCCUCUUAUUGCCUACUUGUUGUACUUUUUAUUUUAGUUCUUGAUUUUCUUUUUCUGCUUCUGCAAAGCAUUUGCAGUUCAUCUUACGACUGAAUACGGUCUCAGUCUCAGAAUAUGCAUUAUGAUCUUCAUCUCUGCUCACAACUUUUUUUAGGUUGUACACCCUGAGCUAUUUAUGCUGGUGGAAUUUACGAAGGAAGCAGUUGAGUAUGCGGACCAACAGCAGCUUCGUGUCGAUGGGGAGUUCAAAAAAGCUUUGCGUGACUGGAUGGGUAGCGCAACUCGCACCGUUUAUGACGCCGUGUCUGCGGGAGCCAGCGCUGUCUCGAGUAGCGCCCAGGCAGGUGCACAAAGUGUGGUCGAGUACGCGGGACUAGAGGAAGAAGCUGGCGUUGCACGAGAGCAGGCGACAGUAACGGCAGAAGCCGCUGCAGCGACGGCGCGACUGGUGGGAGGACACGCGGUCCACGGAUACAAAGUUUAUAUCCGCGAAAAUGUCCUGCGACUAUGGAACGAGGGACUCGUCCCAGCAUGGAACUAUGUAUCAGGUACGGAAAGCAAGCCUGAUGAAGUGACUGGUCAUGCAACAGCAGAUGCCAAAACUGAUGAACUCAGAAAAGCUUUCUCGGCCACAGGCACAGAAAAGACGAACGACGCCGUUAAAACCGAGACUGAAGAGCAAGACAAGAAAGUAAGCAAUGAAGGUGAAGAUGAAGAUGCUGAGCUCGUCGGGGAAGAAGGAAAUUCCACCGAAGGAGUCGAAGACCCUUCAGCUGUACCGGAAGAAGAAAAGAAACCAGACCACAUUGUCGUCCAACGAGUGUUGCACGUUUUCCCGGUGAAGAGCUCCCUGGACCAAUCAAGCGCAGAAAGCGACAGUGAACUGAGCCCCUUUCCCUCCAUCUGCGCCGAACAGUGCGUGGACCUGCCUCACUUCAAACCGGAACUUGGAGACCCUGAGACUGUGCAGAAAGACCUAGAAGAAUUCUCCGAGAGCCACAGCAUAAACUCAAUUCGGGAGGCGAAUAUGGAAAAGACAAUGCUGGCUGGAGAAUUUUGCAAAAACCCGCUAAGAAAACAGUGGGAAGCACAGUGGGCGGACCCAAGCACCUACCUUCUCAUGUACUUGCCAAUGGCUUUCGGUUAA